AUGCUUUGUGAUGACGGACACUAUCUAUUAAAUGAAAAUUUAGAUGUAGCCGAUUCAUAUGCACGAGUUGGUUCAUGUCUCGAAAAAAUGGCGCUGCAGGAGUUGGAUCGUGAGCUACAGAAGGAUUUGGUACGAGGGUCACUCACUUUUGAAAAGCUGAAGAAGCAUGAGAGUCGAGUAGCGACUGAUGAGGAGUUAAAAUUGGGUGAUACUCUGCAAUACUACAUGAAAGAUACUGAUGCUGCUAAGAAUCUUCUGUAUCGCAGGAUGCGUUGUUUGGCAAAUUAUGAAGGAGCGAACAAAACUUUGGAACGUGCCAGAGGACGUAAUAAAGAUAUACCAAGAGCGGAAGCAGAGCAAAGUGAAGCUUGCAAGAAAUUCGAAGAUAUCAGUGAGGUGGCAAGAGGUGAAUUGUUGGAUUUGAAGAAGAGGCGAUUGUCUGCGUUUAAAAAAAAUUUAACUGAUCUAGCAGAUCUGCAGAUCAAGCACGCUAAGGCUCAAAUAGCUUUAUUGGAGCAGGCAUUGGGUAAGCAAGGAUAUCAACAACAACAACAAUUUGGUUAA